UAUCUUAACAAUCAAAAUGUAAUAAAGUGUACUAUUGUCCCAGACUAACCUGGACACUCACAAAAAUCUAAAAAAUAAUAAUAAAAGUUGAGAAAAAUGAGCAUGCAGGUAGUGUGGGAGAAAGAAGAAUUGGUACAGUUGAGGUGGGGGCGGAAAACGGGAAAAUAGGAUCAAAUUCAGCACAAAACCAAACUGAUGAGGAAAAGAAAAAUCUCAUCUUUAACAGUUUCAAUUUGGACCAUUUCCAACGCUGCUUUCCAACUCCUCCUUUAAGAAUUCUCUUCCAAUUUCCAACCUCAUCGAACUCUCACUCACACAGCAGCCGCCAUGGAGUUGGAAUCUGCAGCUCCCUCUUCUCCUCCUCCCUUACAGCCGCCUCGCCGCAAACCAGGAGGAUGGCGUGCCGUCAAAUACAUUAUCGGGAACGAGGCGUUUGAGAAGCUCUCGUCCAUGAGUCUCAUGUCCAACAUCACAGUGUAUCUGAGCACACAGUACAAUCUCAACGGCAUUUUUGUGGUCAAUGUUGUUAACAUUUGGAGUGGUGCUUCCAACAUCGCCACUUUAGCUGGUGCUUUCAUUGCCGAUUCUUAUCUCGGCCGCUACCGCACCCUCCUCUACGGCUCCAUUGCAUCUUUCUUGGGAACGGGGGCUGUUGCUCUCACAGCAGCUCUCCACCAGCUCAGACCACCUUCUUGCGACAUUGAGAAAUCCCACCAUUGCCCACAGCCACAUUUCUGGCAGCUCCUCGUACUAUUCACCGGUCUCGGGUUGUUGUCGAUUGGAGCUGGCGGGAUCCGCCCCUGCAGCGUUGCCUUCGGCGCGGACCAAUUUGACGCCCGCACGGAAAAGGGGAGGUCUCAAUUAGAGAGCUUCUUCAAUUGGUGGUACCUUUCUUUCACCAUGGCCCUUCUCAUAGCCCUCACCGGCGUUGUUUAUGUUCAGACUAACGUAAGUUGGGCCAUCGGAUUUGUCAUCCCCACCAUCUGUUUCUUCUUCUCCAUCUUGUUUUUCUUGUGGGGCCGCCAUACUUACAUCCUCGCCGAGCCCAGAGGAAGCAUUUUUUCCGAUAUGGUCAGGGUCAUAACCGCUGCCUGUAGGAAACGAAGACACUCUGUUUCGUCUCACUCGUUUUAUGACCCCCCAAUGGCGGAUUCUUUAGAUGGAGAGAAGAUGGCUCAUACAGAUAGGUACAAAUGGCUGGAUAAAGCUGCGAUUAUAGUGAACCCAGAUGAGGAAUUGGAUGAACAGGGGAAACCAAAGAAUCCAUGGCGAUUGUGCAGUUUACAGCAAGUGGAAGGACUCAAAUGUCUGGUCGCGAUCAUUCCCGUUUGGGUAUCAGGAAUGGGGUGUUUCAUAGUCUUCGAUCAACCCAACACAUUGGGGAUUCUUCAGGCUAUGCAGACGAACAGAUCAAUCGGAUCCCAUUUCAAAUUCCCACCCGCCUGGGUGAAAAUGGGCUCGCUGCUUGCGCUGUCUAUAUGGAUCAUAAUCUACGAGAGGGUUUUUAUCAAAAUGGCAAAGAAAAUCACCGGAAAAGAGAGAAGACUCACAGUGAAGCAGAGAAUCACCAUAGGGAUUUUCUUGUCGAUCAUGUGUAUGGUCGUCUCUGGGGUAGUUGAGAAAUAUCGAAGAGAAUCUGCUCUGAAAAAUGGCUCGUUCAAUUCAACGACGAGCUUCGCAUUCAUGUUGCCGCAGCAUGCCCUUUCUGGGUUAAUGGAAGCUUUUGCAACGAUAGCGGUAAUGGAGUUCUUCAAUAUGAAUAUGCCAGAACACAUGAGAACUGUUGCAGGAGCCAUCUUCUUCCUCACGCUCUCGGUUUCGAGCUUCGUGAGCUCUCUAAUAGUGAAUCUGGUACACGCUGUGACCUCAAAAACCGGAAAAAUUCCAUGGGUAGGGGGCCACGACCUGAACCAAACUAGGCUGGAUUACUACUAUUACUUAAUCGCCAUUAUCGCAACUCUGAAUCUACUGUACUUCGUCUUCUUCGCAAGCCGGUUUGUGACGAGUUACGAUGAAAAUACUAAACUGAAAAGGGAAGUUCCGGCGGAGAAGUCGACGGAAAACGAGCAUCAGAUUGAUUUGCCUGAGAAGGAGACGAAGGAAGCAGCUGCAGAAUGUUGAUGAAUGCGUGAGAAGAUUAGGGUUUUUGUUUUUGGUUGCAGAGAUUUCUGUCAUUAGCCUUAGCGCUUUGUAAAGUGAAAUUAGAGUUUUGAUUUCAGGAACGAGUUUGUUAAACCAAUAAAAUUGAUUGAAGAAUGUUUUAUUUCCUUCUA